UGCACGGAUGAAUGAUAUCAUAAUAAUGCCGCGAAGCUCAGAGCAGUAGCAGCUUCCCGCUCAGAGCGAACUUCGUCGUCUUCCCCCAACUCCACCAAAUCCACAUCUAUACUUCAGCCCUCAGUCCGGAUGAGUUAGAUGAUGUACCGGUGAUGAUGUUGAGAUUGAGAGCCGGUCCUUGUCUGUGCCUGUCGAGACAGUUCGCGCUCGCGGGAAGAUGUGCGUCGGUCUCGAGCAGAGCAGUUGCAGAUAUGGCGGCGGAGGACGGGGAGCUGAGGGUGUUCAUCGUUGCCGGGGAGGUCUCCGGGGAUACCAUCGGGUCUCGUCUCAUGGCUUCCCUGAAGAAUCUCUCUCCUUUCCCCGUCCGCUUCGCCGGUGUCGGAGGGUCCAUGAUGUGCAACCAAGGACUGACUUCCCUGUUUCCAAUGGAGGACAUUUCGGUGAUGGGUAUCUGGGAGUUAUUGCCACAUCUUAGAAAAUUCAGGGUGAAAUUGAGGGAAACAAUAGAUGCUGCUAUUCUCUUUCAGCCUCAUGUUGUAGUCACCAUUGACUCCAAGGGCUUCUCUUUCCGUCUUCUAAAGCAGCUGCGAGAUAAAUAUGAUCAGCAGAGACUGGGUGGACCGAUACAUUUCCAUUAUGUUGCGCCGUCAUUCUGGGCAUGGAAAGGUGGUGAGAAGAGACUAGGAAACCUAGCCAAAUUUGUGGACCAUAUCUUUUGUAUACUUCCAAAUGAGGAAGAAGUUUGCAAGUUAAAUGGACUUGAUGCAACUUUUGUGGGACAUCCCUUACUGGAAGAUGCUCUGGAGUUGAAUCAGGAAAGGGAUAACCUAAGUUGUUUGAAGUUACUUGGGAACUACGAGGCAUUUCGAGGUGAAUACAAAGUGCCUUCAGGAGCCACAAUCAUUUCCUUGCUUCCUGGAAGCAGAUUGCAAGAAGUAUCUCGGAUGCUUCCCAUUUUCAAGAAUACCGUCAAACUGCUGAAGGAGCCAAUUCCUCAGCUGUUACCAGUGAUCCAUGUGGCACCUAAUCGGCAUGUAGAGAACUUCAUUGAUGGGGCUGUUCAAAAUUGGCCUGUGCCUGUGGUUUUAAUUCCUGGAGGGAAAACUCAGCUGAAAUAUGAUGCUUUCAGUGCAAGCAGAGUUGCUCUAUGUACUUCGGGGACAGUUGCUGUUGAGCUGCACCUUGCAAGGCUCCCAUGUGUGGUUGCUUAUCGAGCACAUUUCCUGACAGAGCUGUUCAUUAGAUACAAGGCAAAGAUGCCUUACAUCUCCCUCCCCAACAUUCUCCUGAAUUCACCUGUUAUUCCAGAAGCUCUGCUUCAAGCUUGCACACCCGUGAGACUAGCCUCGUUACUCAAGGAGUUGUUGCACGAUGAAGGUUGUCGUGAGAAACAAGUUGUUGCUGCUGAGAAUGUCAUUAGGCUUCUAUGUCCUUCAAAGAAAGCUCUCUAUGAGUCGGCGCAAGAAAGAUGUUCUGGUUACGCACCAAGUUCAAUAGCUGCAUCCACUAUAUUACACUACAUCAGGCCUUGAUGAAGGGCCGUGAUCCUCUGUGGCUGCUAUGCAGUCAUGCUCAUGUUUGUUCUCCUGGCGGGUCAGAAUUCUGCCGCCAGGCUUCCCCUGACUGGCGGAACCGGAAGUCAGAAGGCGUGGCUGAAACCGUGGCCGCCCGCACCGCCGCCCUGCGUGGGCAAGGCCUGCUUGGGACAGCCGGUCAAUCCACCGCAUAGAGGAUGCUUUAAGAAGGAUAAAUGCAGAGGUAGCCCCCCGGCUGGGAAGAUGGCAUAAACUAGGAAUGAGAUUUUGAAAUAAGCAGAGCAGGAAGCAGUAGUGAAGGAAUUGCACUUCCGCAUAUAUACCUUCAUAUUCAUGCGCGCUUGUCAUGGCUUGUUGUUCAUGAGUUUUUACUGAAUCAUCAGUAAAUUUAAUUAUACAUUGCCUAUUCGAUUUCUUCAUUUCUUAAUAUACUACAAACUAAUUUUCAUUCGA